UCCGCCUCUUUUCGUCUCACGAAAAAGAAAAGGAACGGAGGAGAGUGGGUGACCGGAAGGAAGCGAUGGCGAUGGACCGCGUGCAGCUCCUCCUCGUCGGCCUCCCCGCGCUGCUCUUCAUCUCCGACCUCUCCCACAUCUUCGCGCCGCCGCCUCCCCACCUCCGCCACCCUCAUGGCCAACCCCCGCACCACCCCCACCCUCAUCCGCCCCAUCACCCCCACCCGCAUCCGCCCCACCACCCCCACCCGCCGCACCACCAUCACCCGGACCCCGCUGCCGCUGCCAUACUGAAGCCCAAUCUGGACGGAGGAGCUGGAUUCGGCACGACUGUGGAGCUGCAAUUCUGCGCCUCCUGCUCGUACAAGGGAAAUGCAAUGACCAUGAAGCGCAUGCUGGAAACAUCAUUUCCUGGCAUUAAUGUUUUCUUGCAUAAUUAUCCGCCAGCCUUCCCCAAGCGGGUACUGAGCAAAAUCAUGCCAGUUAUUCAAGUUGGAGCCAUUGCAACAAUAAUGGCUGGUGACCAGAUUUUCCCCAGACUUGGCAUUACUCCACCUCCAUUGUUUUACUCGCUACGUGCCAAUAGAUUUGGAACGAUGGCGACAAUUUGGCUAUUUGGCAAUUUUGCCCAGUCUUUCCUACAAAGUUCUGGUGCCUUUGAAGUUUACUGCAAUGGAGAUUUGGUUUUCUCGAAGUUAGCCGAACAGAGGUUCCCUAGCGAGUUUGAGCUGCGUGAUCUCAUCGGCAGCAGACUGCCAUCUUCUCCAUUCGGGAAAAACAUGGGAAACGCCUUGUCUUAGUCGAUCAGCGCCAACGUAUCUCUACUAAACGCCUUGUCCUAUUUUACGGUUAGCUAUCUGAUGUUGAUCCUAUCGAACUCCACAGCUUGCCUUUAAACACUAGCUUCCGAAUAUGUGUGUGGUUUGUAAAGGUCCUAAAAAAUAACUUGGCACGAGACAGUGACCGACAGCGUGACGCUGCUGUAUGAACACCUCACACCUGUAUGGUCGUGAUUGCCUGAUACUGCUAUGCUACUGGUAAAAUCUCCAGAAUCUUCGCGCGGAA